AUGGGUGAUGAGCCCACCGCGCCCCAUGACGGAGUGGCAGCUCUAGUUGGUUCGGAGGCGGCCUUUGCAGUCAUCAACGAGGCGUGGUUUCACGUUCUUGCCGGGGACGGUGAAGCAGCCGACCUCGCAGCAGCCCCUGGAUGUGGCACGCCGGCUUUGUUAGAUCUCCUCACGGGAGUGGAACUGUCCACAGGCGUCCUGGGGGCAUACACACCUACAUUGCUGCAGGGGCAUGCCGACCUGCUAAAUGAUGCUUGUGGUGGCUGCACAAGCAUCCUGCUUCACAAAGAGGAAUGGGAUCGCUUGAUGUGGGGGGUUCGUGAGCUGUGGGGUCCAAGCCAAGUCCUACGGAAGGCGGUGGUCGCCGUUGGACGUGAUAAUCGCUCACUGCUGGCACAAGUUGCCUCGGAGCCAUGGGAGCCAACUCGCCGUGCAGCCCUGGUGAUGCUGCUACAGGCUGCUGCCCACUUGGACCACAGCCGCGAGGGACCGCUGGCCCUGCUAACGCGCCUGCUUCCCGAUGGGGAAAGCGUGGUGGCGCAGCCGGCUCUUCAGCAGCUGAUGUCCAUGGUUCCGACCAUGAGCAGCUCCAGAACCAACUGGCGGCGGCGCCCUCCCCCGGACGUUUUCUCAGGAGAGCUGUGUCCUCCUUGCGUGGACUCAAUUGGUCAUGCCCGGGAGCCUGCUCCAGAGGACAUGAUCUUGCCAAAAGCUAUACCAGCUGAAGCGUUUUCACGCGGCUGUUUGGUAACACAGCAGGACGAAGCCGCUGUCUUAGCUGGACUGCCGCCACCUCCAAUGAGGAAAAUCGGCUCCAACAUCAGUCAGGGUCUUCUUGUUCAGCAUCGCUCAGAAGAGGAUCCUGCGGCAUUCGAAGCCACCCAGUGCUGUAUCUGCAUGGAUUCCUUCAACGCCUGCCAGCUGUGGCAUUGUGGGCGCGAAGUUUGUGGCGAGAAGGCGUUUUGUGCAGACUGCCUGCGACAGCAUGCUGAGGCCGUCAUUGACAGUGGGCUAUACGCCGCACCCGCCGUGCGUUGCCCAGUUUGCAACCUGCGCUUGGCGACAUCAGCCUGGGCGCCUUUGGUAAAGGAGGAGACUUUUGCCAAAUACCACGAAAAUGCGCGAGCCCUCCUCACCUAUCGUUGUGCGGCCUGUGACGAAACAGGCUCCUACUUGCGGCCUGGCAUGGAAGGCCAUGCUGGAGCCGUGAAGCCUUUCGGCAUGCUUGGGACCGAGGCGCGCGAACGGCUCUGGACAGCUUGGGAGGCUUUCUUCCUUGCGGAGGUUCCUGCAGAGAAGUUCUUGCAGACGGUCCUGGACGAGUUUUCCUGCGGGCACCGCAAGGGUGGAGCCCCGCCUAGCAGCAUGAGCAAGGUGCUCGGUCCGAGUGGCCAAGCCAACUGGAUCGAGGACUUGGAGCGACGAUUGGCCCUCCAAUUGGCGUGGAUGAACCGUUUCCCACGACAGCGUACCCCUUGCUGCGGGGAGCAGUUCUGCUUCCGCUGCAAGGUGUCCUCCUGGCACCGAGGAGUCACCUGUAACGAGCGCCUGCGCUCGGAAAAAGCGCGGCAGGCGCAGCUGUGUCCCGGAUGCGGGGUGCCGACACAGCGCAGCGAGGGCUGCCGCAAAAUCACCUGUGUUUGCGGUCGUGUGUGGGAAUGGGAAGGGAUCGAAGGGGACAGCAGCGAUGAGGAGGGUGCUUUCUCGGAGGACUCCGGUGCUGAGGACGAGAUGCAAGCCCAAACGGCAGUGAACCUCGUCGCGAUGAACAACAAGGUCUCGGAGGAGACCGUCCGCACAUUGAUACAGGCUUUGGUCAAUGCCGGAGCCGAUGUCAAUGACUGGCCCAGCGAGAAGUCUCCACUGCUCCUGGCAGUGCAGUGUCGAAACACAGCUGCAGUUGCAGCCCUUUGCGAAGUGGGAGCGCGGGUGACUCCAGAGGUACUUGAGGAACUCAAGAGUGUUUCGCUGGAGUUCCAGCGCUGCGAGAUGGAGAGGCUGAUGCGGCCCCAAGUGCAAGGUGAUCCCAACAUGAGGCUGCCUCUCUGGGUUUGGAUUCAAGCUGGAAGUGCUGCAGCGGUGGAGGCUCUGCUUCGCAACGCGGCGCACGAGGAGGCGGUUGGCGAGGAUGUCUUCAUUGCUUUGCAGCGCAGUAGUGGGGACGAAGAUAGUCGCAAGCAGAUCGCCGAGCAUCUCCGAGAACAUGUCGGCGAGGAGCAGUUCCAGAAGAUGCAGACUUUUUCAGCCACGCGGCGCAUGCUGAUGGAAGUUCGUCAGGCUCUUGACGAGGAGCGUGAUAUCGAAGUGUCCAUUAUCCAGGAGGCCCUGCAGAGCGGCGCAGAUCCAAAUGCCAGAGAAAAGGAGGAAAGUGCGGAGGAUGAAGCUCUGGGAUUGACUGGACUGGCCUUGAUGGCCAUGUGCUACCGCUCAAGCAGCGAGUCCGUAGCAAAAGGCAUCGGAGCGUUGCUUGAGGCCCGCGCAGAUCUGGAGACCGAGGUGGAUGAUGGUGCGACCCCACUCUUGGUCGCCUUGCGCCAUCGGAAUAUGACGGCCCUCGAGGCCUUGGCCAAGGCAAGCGCCGAAGGCUCUGCACCGCCUGCGCCACGGAUCGCGACAGAGAUCUUGGACGAGGUCAGCUGCUUGUCCGAAGACUCGCGCCGGCUCCACGUCGAGGAGUUGCUUCGGCCCGUGCUGCGCGGUUGCGGCCGCGGCCUCGCUCCUCUUCCUCUCUGGACCUGGGUGGAGCAUGGCUCGGUGGCAGCCGUCGAAGCACUGCUGCGGUCCGGUGACGACGCGGUAUCUGUGGAAGACGUCAUCAGCUUGCAGCGUUGCCGGGUCAGCGAGUCCCAGCCGCACAUCCAGGAGCUACUGCAGCGGAAGUGUGGCGAAGAGGAGUUCUCGAGGUUGCAGACAGAAGCGGCGACCCGCAGGCUUCUUCAGGAGCUCCGUGAGGCCUUCGAUGACCAACGUGAUGUCGACCUGGCCAUUGUGCAGAACAGCCUGGAGCUACACGCGGAUCCAAACGCACAGGAAGAGGAGGCGGAGGACGGCCCUGAGUUCCAGGAAGGCAGCUACUCCCUCUCCGCCCUGCAGCUGCUGGUGACAAAUCUGCAUGUAGCAGCAGACACGAUGCAGAGUGCAGUGGCAGCUUUGGUAGAAGCCAAGGCGCAGGUGAACGCCGACAUUGGAAGCGACACGCCCCUCCUAUCUGCCCUGCAGAGUCGCUGCGUGCCCGGUGUCGCCGCACUCUGUCAGAAUGGCGCCAAAGUGUCCUCCGACUGCCUUGACGAGCUGAAGACGAUCUCCAGCAGCAAGGUGAGAAAUGCCCUCGAAGAUGUGCUGCAACCUUUGAUCGGCAAGGACAAGAGACUGCGCUGCCCUCUCUGGAUGUGGGUGCAGCUUGGGGCUGUCUCGGCAGCAGAGGCGCUGGUGCGAAACGCUUCUCAUGAUGAGGAGAUCGAUAUCGAUGUCCUUGUUGCUCUACAGCGUUGUCGCGGUGGCCACUCCGAGAAGGCAGAGAUGACCAGCCUUUUGCAGGAGCAUCUGGGCGAAGAGGAGUUCAAGCGCCUGGAGGCUGCUGGUGCAACUCGCCGACUUCUCAUGGAGCUGCGAGAGGCCCAUACUGAGGAACGGGAACCAGAGUUGGACACCAUUCUUGAAGCGCUCGCUCAAGGUGCAAACCCCAAUGCGCAGGAGGAGGACGACGAGGAGACGGACGAGGAAGAGGGUGAGGCAGGCUGCCAAGCCUUCCCACCAGCCCACCCCAGCUUUGAGUGUUAG